ACAGGAUGAUCUUCAAAUCCACCAGACCGCACAUCGACAUCCCAACAAACCUCCCAAUUUGGCCCUGGCUCUUCGACUCAGAGUACUCGCCUCUCCGGCAGAGCAAUGCGAACAACCUAGGUUCCUUCGUCAACGCCAUCACCAAAGAGUCAAUCCGCUACGAUGCCCUGGCAGACCUCACGACCCACGUCUCGACAGCCCUAGUCAAGGACUACGGCCUGAAACCCGGCGACACAGUCGCGCUCUUCAGUCCCAAUACGAUCUGGUACCCAGUUGCUAUGCUCGCCGUUGUACGGGCCGGAGGAGUGAUUUCUGGCGCAUCGCCGGCCUACAACAUCGAAGAGAUGAGCUACGCGCUCAAGACCGCAAACGCCAAGUAUCUGAUGACGGUCCCGUCGUCGAUGGAUGUUGCGAUUCCCGCGGCGCAGAGCGCAGGGAUCCCCGCUGAACGGAUCUUUCUGCUGGAGGGCAUGAAGGAGGGCUUCAGCUCGGGGACGACAGGGUUGCCGAAGGCUGUUAUGAUUGCUCAUCACAAUGUCAUCGCGCAGUGCAUGCAGAUUAUCCAGCUUACGCACGAGGACACGAGGAAGUCACUUGCUGUUUUGCCUCUUUUCCACAUAACUGGCCUCGUCCAUCAAAUGCACCUCCCUAUCAUCCGCAACAGCACAGUGUACAUGCUCCCCUCCUUCACUAUGAAAUCGAUGCUUGACACGAUCGUCGAAUACCGCAUCGAAGAGAUCCUCUCUGUUCCUCCAAUUAUAAUCCGUCUCCUGCAAGACCCCAUCGUAUCGAACUACGACCUCUCGCAUGUAAAGCGCUUCUCGUCGGGCGCGGCCCCGAUCUCCGGCGAGAUCCUGCAGAAACUACACGCCCGCUUCCCCUGGACUGGGUUUAAGCAAGGGUACGGUAUGACCGAGUCGUGCAGCUGCAUUACGGCGCAUCCGCCGGAGAAACAGUCGUAUGAGUAUGCGCAGCGCGGUGGGAUGAUUGUUGCGAAUACGGAGGUGAAGAUUAUUCAUACCGAGACUGGCAAAGAGGUUGGCCCUGAAGAGGAGGGAGAAAUCCUUGCGCGCGGACCGCAGAUCGUCAUGGGAUACCUAAAUAAUGAGAAGGCUACGCGGGAGACGUUUGAUGAGGACGGGUGGUUGCACACCGGGGAUGUGGGAUACAUGGAUCGCGAGGGGUUCAUCGUGAUCACCGAUCGAAUCAAGGAGAUGAUCAAGGUUAAGGGAAUUGCGGUCUCACCGGCUGAGAUUGAAGAUCUGCUCCUGGGUCAUCCAGACGUUGAGGACGUGGGCGUUACUUCGGUAGCGGAUGACUAUGCGGGAGAGAGGCCGAAGGCGUAUGUUGUGCUCAAGGGAGACGCUAAGAGGCGACUGGGAAGUGAAGAGGGUGUACAGGCUGUUGGGAAACAGCUGAUUGAAUAUGUCAAGGCGAAGAAGGUGCGCCAUAAGUGGAUUGUCGAGGUCGAGUUCCUGGAAGAGGUUCCAAAGAGCGCCAGUGGUAAGAUUCUGAGGAGGGUGCUGCGCGACCGAGAGAGGAGUAAGGAUAAGGGCAAGAACAAGGCUGAGAAGAGGCUGGUUGUGAGGGACGAGAAGGUGAGAGCGAGGCUGUAG